AUGGCUGAAUAUGACUUAACGAAAAAGAUCAGUCAUUACCUUGAUCGGCACUUGGUCGUUCCACUUUUGGAGUACAUUUCAGUCAAAAAUAUGUACGAUGCAGAUUCUAUUCUACAAACCAAACUGGAUCUACUGAUGAAGACAUCCAUGGUCGAUUUUGCCGGCUUAACUUACAAAGCUCUUCAUGAUACAGAUGAGCUUCCUGAAGGUGUCCUCAUAUUUAACUUUAAUUGGCUUAGAAAUGAUUAA